UUCCCACGCUCUCUUAACCUAUUGGCUCCAUCACUGACUUUUACCAUUUUAUAGUGUCCCCAAAUUACUUAUAUAUAAGCAUGCUACUGAGGUUUCUUAUUUUCACUCUAUAAGAAACAGAGCAACUCUGUUUUUCUCUUUUCUCUUCACAUUCCCACACUCAAAAUGGCUUAUUCCUCCAAUUUCUUUUCACAAGACCAUUCACUCACUUUGAAUCCAAAAACCCACCACGAGUUUCUCCCCUUCAACGAAAACGACCCCGAAGAGAUGCUUCUAUACGGCAUGAUAACAUCAUCAUCAUCAUCAUCAUCAUCAUCAUCAUCAUCUUCACAACAACAACAACAAAAACUAACCACUAGUAACAAAGAGAAAACCACCAAGUCCUACCGCGGCGUUCGACGGAGACCGUGGGGGAAAUUCGCGGCGGAGAUACGAGACUCAACUCGGCAUGGCAUAAGGGUUUGGCUUGGAACAUUCGACAGUGCUGAAGCGGCGGCACUGGCUUAUGAUCAAGCUGCUUUUGCAAUGAGAGGUUCAGCUGCAAUACUGAAUUUUCCGGUUGAGAAGGUGAGGGAGUCGCUUAGGGAUAUGAAUUAUGUGGUGUCUGAGGAUGAUGAGUGUUCGCCUGUUGUUGCUUUGAAGAGGAAGCAUUCGAUGAGACGGAAAAUGGAUGAGAAGAAGAAGAAACAUGAGAGAGAUGUUGUUGGGAUAGAUAAUUUGGUCGUGUUUGAAGAUCUUGGUGCUGAAUAUUUGGAACAGUUGUUGAUGUCUUAUUGUUGAUGUUUUUUGACGAUUAAGAUUAGAAGUAUUUGGUGCAUUGAUAUGAUGGGAAAAUGUGUAGUUUGUAUUUGUUAAUUAAGUUAUAUUUUUAAUCUUUAUUUGUAUACAAGUGUUUAUUGAAUCUUUAUAGCUUCGAUUAAAAAUUAAUUACUUGAAUGAACCAAGUUUGAAUUU